AUGAUCUCUAAAGGUUACUUUUUCAAUAAGACCUUUUCCGUUACCAAAUUCUUCACAUCUUACGAUGGUUAUUACCACGUUGUGAGUGUGUUCGGCUUAGAAAGUAUCAGAAUCACGUAUGCGUUGGUUUUUGCGUCGACAUGUUGGCGAAUCGAAAAGUUUAUUUCCUUUGUUAGUAAGGACGAUGUGAACGUGGUAGAGUGUCACUAUCUUUAUAAAUAUAUCACAGAUGUCACUGAGAAGGCGAAAGGCAAUUACGACGUUGUGAAGGAUUUGGGACAAUAUUUCCUAAUGGAUCUCAUAACUAUGACGAAGAAUUUCAUCAUUAUGUUAGCGCCCAUUUUCAAGGCAGGCUUGCUUACCUUUAAGGUUCAAAAACUGUUGCUUAUUCUCCGAGAUAAGCUGCUAUUAGCAAAAGAUGACAGUCAAAAAGUGGAUAUUAAAAGGUUCAUCAAUUACAUCGAAGUACGCCCGAUGAAGUUCGCCGUUUGGAGAGUGGUGCCUCUCGACUGGACCCUGCCCAUCGUCUUGAUAAACUUGUCCGUCACGUAUCUCAUCGUCAUGAUACAGUUCACGCACAAAUAUUGAAAACUGUAAAACAGUAUGAUACAGUUCACAUACAUAUUUUGAAAACUAUAGCACAGUAUGAUACAGUUUACGCACAAAUAUUGAAAAUUGUAACACAGACUGAUACUGUUUACGCUCAAAUAUUAAGGAUUUUUAAAGUUAACGACCGAUCUUUUUUUUAUCCUCAUUAUAUAGUUACGAUAAAAGACAUUAAUUUUCUCAAGAGAAUUUCCAAAAAGAUCCACUCCACUCCACAUACAGAGAAAAUACAAUGACAAAUAAUAACAAAAAAAAAUUAUAACAUCGACUAACGAUAUAAAAAUGUGGGUAGGUUAAAAAACAUAAUAGCAUGACGGUGCUUCUGCACAUGCGUAUACCGAAUACAUGUAAACAAACAGUUAAUUCACAAAUAUUUAAAAUAGAAAAAAUGUAUAUUUAACUCCUUAGUUUAACAAUAGCUUUAGAUAUGGAUUAAAAUAUUUUAAAAGUGU